CACGCGCCAUCAAGCUCACACGCCAUCCACAUCGUCUUUCUCAUACCCCUUUUCUUCCACCCUCAGUUUUGUGGGGUUUGUUACAGGGCGGUUGAUGUCAGGUUCGGACAGUAUUCAUGCGACCGUGAAGACUGCUCUUAUGUAGUCCAUUCCAAAUGUGCAACGCAUAACGAAGUUUGGGAUGGGAGAGAGCUAGAAUGGAAACCAGAAAGCCAAGAAAAGACUGAAGAUCAUGAUGUUGCGUCGUUCAAGAAAGUAGGUGAUGAUCUCAUAAAGUACUUCAGCCAUGAGCAUCAUCUAAAGCUCGAAAGCUACGACGGUGUAAGAGACGCCAAGAAGCAGUGUGAGGCGUGCAUCCUUCCUAUUGAUCCUCGUUGUUUCUACGGUUGUACUCAAUGUGAUUACUCUCUCCACGAGGUAUGUGCUGGUCUUCCACGAGAACUGGAUCAUCCGUUGCAUAAACACCGUCUUGUCCUCGACCCUAAUCCUAUAGACGACUAUGACUACAUGAAUUGUUCAACAAGUUCUCGGACGUCCAGUGGUUUCAGGUACAAGUGCAUUGAACGAGAAUGCAAGCUUCGAACAUUUCAUAUAGAUCUUCGAUGCAUUUUAAUCCCUGAGUGCAGUUUCACCCACAAAAGUCAUGAACAUCCUCUCUUCAUCUCGGUGUCAUACGGUCUUGAAGGUGGGCCAAGAUGCAAUAUCUGUGAGAAAGGAUGUGCGAAAGCUAUUCUACGUUGUAGUAAAUGCGCAUUCACCAUGUGUUUCCGGUGUGCCACCAUUCCUACAGAGUUACACUACACACGCGACCAUAAGCAUCCUCUCUCCCUUUGCUACAGGGAAAGCGUUGACGAUGUUUGCAAAUACUCGUGUGAAAUAUGCAAGAUGGAAGUAGAUGCGAAGAAAUGGUUUUACAAGUGCAACCAAUGUUGCGUUACAGUCCACCGUGAAUGCAUAUUUAAUGCCUCCAUUUAUAUGAAGUCUGGUUCUACCUUCGAUUGGAAUGGUUAUCUGGUGCGAACCGGUUCCACCAACUGUCCUACACGACAGAUUUGCGCUAUAUGCGAGGAACGUUGCAUGUUCUCUGUAUGCUACACACUUAUCCUCGAGGAAGGCUGGGAUGAUAAGGCUUUGUGUUCUUUCAGGUGUUUACGUGCUGCAAUGUGGAGAAUAUUACCUGAAGACAUGUGA